CGGUAGUGAGUGUGCUAGAUCUAGAUUGGUUAAAAUUUCCGGUUUCAUUUCAUAAAUGCUACUUUAAUAUUUCAUUGAAAGUUUUAAUGAAUGUAUAAUUAAAUUUUUCUGAUAGGAAUACGUUGAUGUUACGACAUUUUUUGAAUUGGUGAAAAUGGUUCCAACUUUGAUAAAAUCCUCUUAAAAUGGCUUCAACGACAACAACUUCAACAUCAACAAUAUCAGUAACGUCCACUGAAAAGAAUAUUACCGAUGCUGCAAUUGCCACCAACAACACAUUUUCAACAUCGACAUCGAUAACAACAAUUCUGACGAAUGUAACUGAAACAACAUCGUCAUACCUUUCAAAUGUUACCGAUUUUACCAAAACAACAUCGUCAUACAAUUUAAAUGUUACCGAUUUAAAUGAAACAACAUCGUCAUACAAUUUAAAUGUUACCGAAGGAGUAUCAGUAACAGAAUUAACUAAUACAACUGGAAAUCUUUCUUCAAGUACUGUGAAAUUUAAAUCAAGAACUAAUGACACGGAUAUUCGGGAUAUAACAUCAAAAUUACAGACAUCUACGCCGUUUACUUAUACGGAACGUUCGGAUGAUUUGACGAUUGUUAUCGGAAUUCUUGUGCCUAUAGUGCUUGUGGCCAUUAUGGUCGGAAUAUGUGUUUGUUAUCAAAAAUACUGGAGAAAGAGAAGCUAUAAAAAGAGGAGGAAAGAAAGAGGAAAAGUCAGUUUUAAUGAUAAUCCGGUAGUUACAGGAGAUGUGAUAAAAUCCCCGAGAUACUCAGAUUCAGAGGAAUGUAAUAAGAAUGUAUUUGCUGAAUUACCCGACAAACAAGAUGGCUUCGUGACGAUAGAUCUAUCUGACAACCUAAAAGAGGAAAAUGGUGGUAUAAAUAUUGUGGUUCCAGAUACUACAGCAGAUAAUAAUAUCAGUAAUCAAAACUUAGAAAGUAUAUGCGAAAAAGACGAGUUAUGUAUUAGUGAUGAUGAACAUCAUGGUCGCAAUCGAGCUGAAAGUGUUGAGGUUAAAGACAGUGUAGAAAAACAUUAUACUGACCUUGAUAAAGUUACGGAUAAUGGAUCAGGGGCAAGUUCAGAAAAUAAACUAGUUUCGGAUAGUUCGUCAAUAAAUUCAAAAAGUGAUAAAAAUGAACACAAAAAUGACGAACACGUCAAUGAUGAUGACAUUGAAAAAGAAUCAUCGAUAGAGGAAACUAAUAGUGUAGGAGAAACAGAAGAACAAUCUCCGAAAAGUGAACAAAAUGAUAAUGACUCGGAUACAAGUUUAAGUGAAGAAAACACAAAAUUUUAAGUCAUACACAUUAAAUACAUGUGACAAAUGAGAGAUUUUGAGCAGUGUUGUGUCACAUAUCACUGCUAGGUUGUUUAUCAUUGGCAUAAUAUAGGUGAUCUGUAUCAGACAAAAGAAUCCGGUUGACAAUUUAUUUACUAUGCAUCAGACUUAUUAUAAAUUAGUCAUAAGUAUAUAUUUAUAUAUAUAAUAAUUAUUUUAUACAAUAGUUCAGAAAGUGAUAUGUUGAAACAAAUCCGGUUUGUAAUGUGUUUACUCAUUCCACUUAUGUAUUAGUUCUAAGUAUAUAUACAUUAAAAUUAUUUGAUAAAAUAGUUCA